UCUGGCCAUUUCAAGAUGCAUCACUUUAUAGGGGUUGGAUCAGGUGGGGUCUUAAGAUGUAUGCACAUCUUCCUGAUAGAUUUUUGCGACAAUAUGGACAUGUACAAAGUAUUCCUUCGUUACCUUGUGAAAUCAUAGGUCAUUCAACCACUCCAAAUGAUAUGGAUGUUAUGUUCACGCAGUAUGCCAUUCAUUUGGUCGAUCCUGGUCCACGUGUAAAUGACCCGUCAGACUGUGUUGACGGGUAUAUGGAGUGGUUUCAUGCGAUCUCUCAUCCUUACAUCAUACGACAAAAUCCAGACACAUCUAGAGAUACAACAUCAUUGCCUAGGGUCAUGCAAAUUCUCAAUACGCUUCUCAACAAGCAAUAUAUUACACCUGAAGGAAUCCCACUUGUGAAUGAGUUAAUGAAUUUGUUAAUUGUGGAGAAUGGUGUUAGUAGAGACUGGUCAAACGUAGAGACAUACAAGCGGAAGAGGAAUGGAGGACUUAGACAGACUCAAUAACUUUAUGCAUUUAACUAGAAGUGCAACUUUAUGCAUUUAAUUAGAAGUGAAACUUUAUGCAUUUUUUAAAACAAGUGCAACUUUAUGUACUUGACUAGAAAUUCAACUUUGUGUAUUUUGAGUACAAUUUUGAUUUAUGUAUUUUGAUCACA